GCACGCUCAUGCUGUUUGGAUUUCUCAGUCUGAGCAGAGAGAGAGAAGACGAGACAACAAUGAAGAGCUUUGGCGUUCUGAUUUGCACCCUUGCAGUCCUGAUGACGGCUGAAGCAGACCUGUUUACAGACAGAAAGCGGCGGGAAUUGUCAGUUUUCUCGUCCUCUUCAUCAUCUUCGCUCUUGUCCUCCUUAGAAAGUUCAGGUGGGAUCUGUCUGAACGGAGGCUCCUCUGUCCCGUCCCUGACGUCUGGAGAACACAUGUUUUGUUUGUGUGCCAACGGUUUUGAGGGGAGACGCUGUGAAACAGGAAAGAGUGCUCACUGCUACGAGGGCAUUGGACUGUACUACAGAGGCACAGCGUCUACAUCAAGGAGUGGGCGGGCUUGUUUGGAGUGGGAUUCAGACACCAGGGAGCGAUACAUGUCGUCUGAUGUCAAUGCAGGGAGGCACAAUUACUGCAGAAAUAUUCUCUACAAACGGCGUCCGUGGUGCCAAGUGUGGAAAAAACAGCAGCUGACGUGGGAGUAUUGUGAUAUUCCUCGCUGUGGCUUGGAGUCGUUUCCAGCCCCGCCUUCUCCUGCACCGACUCUACCAGUGCCCGCUGCAGAGACGUCCACAUGUGGCCAGCGCACCAGACGGAAGCAGAUGAAGAUCGUGGGUGGGACGGUCUCCACUGUGGAAUCUCACCCGUGGGUGGCAGCCAUAUUUUCGCGCAGCAAAUCCAAGAAGGUUUUCCGCUGCGGGGGGAGUUUGAUCUCGGCCUGCUGGGUCCUCACAGCUGCCCACUGCUUCCCUGACGGCUCCCACACUAAAGAGCGCCGCUUCUCCGUCAGCCUAGGGAAGAACGCUCUGAAUGAGACGGAUCUGUAUGCAGAGCAAACAUUCAGGGUGGAACAAAUCAUCGUCCAUGAAGGGUUCAACAACAGCGAGGGAAACUUCAACAAUGACAUCGCUCUGGUGAAGCUGACGACCAAAUAUGGAAAGUGUGCAGAAGAAAACCACUUGGUGAAGACCGUCUGUCUGCCUCCGCCUCUGCAGCGCCUCCAGCCUGGUGUCACCUGCGAGAUCGCCGGAUACGGGAAAGAGAAAUACGGUCUGUGGUACAGGUCUCAGCUCCUCCAAGAGGCUCAGGUGAACCUCUUCGCCGAUGAUGUGUGUCGGCACGAGGAUUAUUACGCAAACAUGAUCACUGAUAACAUGUUCUGUGCCGGCCGACCUGACUGGAGCCAGGAUGCCUGUGAGGGAGACUCUGGAGGGCCUCUGGUGUGCGAGGUGGGCGGCAGGCUCUUCCAGUUUGGAGUCAUCAGCUGGGGAGACGGCUGCGCUAAAGAGUUUCGGCCCGGCGUUUACACCAAAGUGACGAACUACAACGGCUGGAUAGGAGAGAAGACGAGGCUGCCGUCCAUCACCGCGGGCUCCAUGUUCCCUCAGAAGUGAGGGAGCUAUCAUCUGUGUAUCUAAAGAGUCUUCCUCUGGACUCUGGACAAUAGAGCUCAAUGAGAGCGUUCACAUGGACUUCAGUGGAUUGGGUUUUAUAAGUACCCUGUUUUUUUGUGAUUGUGCAUGUGAACAUCAUAUCCAGAUUUCAGAAACCAGGAUAAGCCUUUUACCUGGUCUUAAGAAACACGAUUUUGCUACCUUGAGAACUCAGAAUGGAAUCUGGAUACUGUGUGUGCAUGUAAGCACCUUAUCCUGAACAGAUACGGCUCAUAACGAGGACGCUCACGUCCAUGUAAACACUCAACGUUGUAAAAAAAAAAGCAAGAUUAACCAUGAAGCUGCUCUUUGGGGUCAAAACUUUCAUUUUUGGCGUGACUUAACUGAGGAGCUAGAGAGCAAAAAUUGUGACUGUACAUUUAAAAAACGGUUUCUUUCUUCCAACCUUUGAUCCACUUUAAAUUUUAAUUUACCAGAGCCCCCUGAAGGCUCUGCUUAUAGAUCCAGUCCCACAUCCAGAGGUAUUGAUUGUCAACAGGCAGGCAACUACUUGGGCUCUAGGCCAGUAGGGGGGCCUAGAGGGCUGACAAACUUUACACCACAGCAGUGGUAGCUCAAAAUGUGUACAUUUUUCAAUGACAGUAGGAACCUCCCUAAAGGGGCCCCGUCUGACAGCACUCACUAUUUUUUCCCUGCUAAGCAUAGCAUGCAAUGCUGUUUUGAAAACCACCUGGUGG